AGGACGACUCCAUUUUGGUUGGCUCGUUGAAGUCUGUAUAUUCGGUUGUUUGUUAACCAACACUGGAUCCCAAUAUCUCAGAAUACCCGGAUAAGUUCUUGAAUUUCCCACAUGCAGUUGGCUUCCCUCCUAAAACGCCAAUGAACAGGAUGCCUUCUGCCAUCGCUAGUGGCGGGUCUCAACCUCUCCAUAUGCAACCAGUUCACUCAGGCCCGGUAAUAUCUAGUUCUUUAAAUUUGCCGAACACCCUUCCACCUGGUAUGAAACUUUUGGUCAAUAAGUAAUUAUAUAGGGAUGCUCCACUCAGGUCAUGGUAUCCCGAUGUCGGGUCCUCAUGACCGUGAGCCUGCUACACCAUCUUCAGGUUCCGGUCCAAUACCAGGUCAUUAUUUCUCUACUCUUGGUAUGAAUCCUGGUUCCCCCCAUCCUAUUCCAAACAUGGUCCCACACGGUCAUCCUAGCCAGUUUCAUCACCACCCACUGCUAUCGCUGAAUCGACUACCGCACCUUAUUGGUCAACCAGAGCUACGGAUUUUUGAAAUGAAUAAGCGGUUACAACAGCGCAGCGACGACUGUGAUAGUUUGUGGUGGGAGUCGUUUGCUACUGAUUUUUUUGAAGACGAUGCAACACUUACUCUUGCUUUCCUGACAGAAGAAGGUCCAAAGAGUUACACGAUUGGGCGAACACUUAUUCCCCGCUAUUUUCGCAGUAUAUUUGAAAGUGGAUGCGGUGAGCUAUAUUACAACCUUAGGUUGAACCAUGAAUAUUUUCAUCAUCCAAUUUUAACACUGGAUUCAGAAUCUGCAACGAUGACUAUGACCAUGGUCAGGUCUAUUCCUGUUACGGUUGUUGUGGAAGGUCGAUUAACACUCGAUUUUGCUUUCGAUGAUUUAAUGAGGAUUCGAUCGUGGAUUUUUCUUAUCCGGACACAUCGUGAGAUGAUAAUGCGCUCUAUGCUUGGCAUCCAAGACCCAGCUUUUUUGGAUCAAUUAUCGAAAAACAUCACUAGAUAUGGCAUGACAAACACCACACUGAAUUUCUUUCGACUAUGUAUAAUUCUGGAACCAAUGCAAGAGCUUAUGUCCCGUCAAAAGGCGUAUAGUCUCACACCCCGCGACUGCCUUAAGACUACUUUAUUUCAGAAAUGGCAGAGAAUGAUGCCCCAAGAAGCUACACGCCAACCCAGCAAACGACGUAAGCGUAAAGGCAGUUCAGCAACAACUGAAGGUACAAAUAACGCAGGUCGAACUUCAAAACGCAAACAGUCACCUAUUCCACUACCAUCCCAUCAUAUUGCUCAGCCUGGUGAUGUGAUGAUAGUUGGUGAACCAACUCUUAUGGGUGGGGAUUUCGGUGACGAAGAUGAACGCUUAAUAACUCGCUUAGAAAAUACUCAAUAUGAUGCCGUGGCUGCUGCAGCCAAUUCAAGCGUUAUGGCUUCUCAUAUAAAUUCUGGUCCUUUUCCUGGCUCUAGCGAUUCGCCCGCUGGUAUUAUAUCUUCUCCACUAGGUUUGAGUUCAGGAGGAAACAUGUUGAAUCCUAACCAACCACAGCAACAGAUAAAUUCCCUUCAUUUUCGUGCGGGUCCACUAUCUUCAGGUGGUUCAAAUCAGAACAUGCCGCAUGAAGGUGUUUUUCCCGGUAAUCUUACUUCUUUACAACAAAAUCAAUCAGUUUCUAUGCCUCCUAGUCAAUCGUUUUAUUCAAGCUCAGCGCCGAAUAGAAAUUUGCAUCAUCACUCUCAAAUGAUGGGACAACAAUUUAUGCCAGCGUUUACCAAAGCCCAAAUAUCAACCUCUAGUAUGCUUAACAGAAGCGAUCACUACAUGCCAUCAGGAAAUGCAGAUGGUAUGCAUCAACCAACCCGGUCAAGUAGUGCUUCGUCUUUAGUUGACGGUACGAAUGGUUUAAGUGGGUUCCCUCACUGUGCCUCUCCCAGCCUUCUUCCUUCAAGACCUCCCGCGCGUUUCACCCCACCUUCCCUUCCGAAUGGGUUGGGUUCCUCGGUUGUAUCAUCUCAACAGUCGAGCUUUAUGAUGCCAAAUGAAGUGAUGGGCAGUGGGGGUACGCAAAUGGGACAUGUGUCUGUUCCAGGUACCCCUUUGACUUCCCCACUGACCUCCUCCUCUUUUGCAAUGGAUAUGAUGGAUAAUCAGAAUGUUCUUCAUUCUGCACCUUCAACUUUGAUGUCUACAACUAUCAAGUCAAAUAAUUCUCCUAUGCUAUACAACUCAAUCGGGACGAGCUGUAGUGGGAAUCAGUCGACUCCAGAAUCUACAAUCCACCCAACAAUGAGUGGUAUAGGAUGCGAUGUUUCUUCAGCUGCAAUGAAUGAUAAUGAAGAUCUUAAAAUGAUUAAUAAUAAUGGUGCACCCUCACGUCCCACUGCUGCUGAAUCAAUGUGAAUUUAGAUCCCCGGAAGAAAAGAUCAUAAUGGAUCUGUACUGCAUUUUACUAAACGGAUGUAAUUACCAUAUAACCCUUAUCUAUCAAGCGGAACUAAAUACGAACUUUGCACAAAGAUAAACAGUAUUCUACAAUUUCAGCUGAUCCAUCCAAACACAAUCUUGUUUAUUGGUAUUUUUUUGUUCAACGAAUAAUUAUUCAUUAUAUAUAUAUAUAUAUAUAUAUAUAUAUAUAUAUAUAUAUAUAUAUUUGCCAAAUCAUGAGCUCAUUUUCUUCUAAAAAUUUCUAAUUUACAUUCUUUUUCAUUGCCAAAUAAGUAACUAUUCUUUUCUUUGCACUUCCCCAGUCUUCGGUAAUCCUACUUCAUAUUUUCAUUUGUACAUAUUUUUUUCCCGUAUGUACCCCAUGGAUAUAUAUAUAUAUAUAUUCAGAUCGUGUCUUGUAAUGUUAUAGUUAUACUAAAUGAAUAUUUGAUUCCAUUUGAUAUGUUUAAUUUUCUUUGUCAUUGACAUGUUUACGUCUAGGGUAUUCUUUAUGCACCAGUCCACGUUGUCAACCCAUUUCAUUCCUAGAAAGUACUUAGUUCUAGUCGCGUUUUGUUGAUCAGUUGACAAAUAUAGCAACAACGUCUAACUGCUGUCUCAAUCCAUUACCCUACUUAUUCUUUGAAGAUUCAGAUUCGCAUAGUUUAUAAUACUUUCAAAUGCACUGAUGUCUAUCGUUUUUGUUCACCAUGUAUAUUAUUCACAUUUUGUCGAUAGUUUUCUCUUCUACUGUAUACAUAUUUAUGCAAGUUAUUUUCCUUGUCGAUAUUACUUCUGCAACGUUUACCCAAUCAAUAAUAUAUUAAUAAUGUUUGAGACAUGGUAUUAUUUUAAAGGUACUAAUUUAAGCAAACUAUUUCUUUAUUCAGUCCCAAUGAAAACAAUUCACUUUAAAUGUCUAUCUUGUAACAAACAUUCUCAGAUGCUGAUCUCCAAUCUUUGUAUUAAAAACAAUAAUCUUAUGUUAAGAUAUGGUACUGGAAGUGUCAAAAUCAUUUGACAUAAUUCAAACUCUUGUUGAGAUGAAAAAUGCUUGAAAUAUGGUAUUAUAUCAUAACCGUAUAUUAUUAUACAUUGAAUAGUAAUCAACAAAUUUAUCCGUUAACCGAAUUGGGUUCUACAGUUAAGUUCCAUAGGCUACCAUACCUUACACGAUCAUGGAUAUUUUUAAUUUCAAAUAUUUGGACUGUCUUAAAUCCAUAUUGAUAUUUUUCAGCCUUUUCGUAAUUGAUAUGUAAUUCAAAUAUAUUCACAUUUUAUUCCAUAGACCAUAGAUUUCUAAAGACUGAUAGUUCAAAUAAUGGGAUAUUGCUAUUUAUUAUGGGGGGAGUUUAUUUCUGGCUAACCCCUUCAUCAUUGACAUCCACAAAAUAUAGCCCAUUGUUAUACUUAGGGAAUUUUAAUCUACUUUCCAUCUUUAAUCAUGCUUAUAAUGUACAUGAAUGUUUUUUGCCGGGUGUAUUUUAUCUCAACAAUUCAUAAUUAAGCUCCUUGUUAUGAUUACAGAUUCGAAUUACCAAAUGAAUGCCACUAUUCUCGUAAUUUAUCCGAGUCUUAGUUAUAUCAUAACAGUACACAAAGGU